AGGCUAAAUUCCAAAUACAUCUGUCCUGUCUAUAUUAGUGCACUACUUAAGGCAUGAUGUAAGCCUGAUGUCUUCUCAAGCCUUCGUAAUGCACUAACUAAGGGAGCAAAUAGAGAUAGAUUUAGGAUCAAACCCAAAUAUUUUAUAACUGUUAGUUCAGUUGGAGUAAGAGAAGAUACUGUAGGAAGGUCGUCAUCAGAGAAGCAGUAUAAAUGGCACAGACCUUGUAGUAAAAUGGAGCCCUGGAUUAUUGAACAUGCCUCAGCCCAGAGUCAAGCUGGUGGUGACCGGGGAUGAUUUUGGGUACUGCUCUCGGAGGAACCGGGGCAUCGCUGAGGCUUUCCUGGCUGGUGGCAUCUCCAACGCGUCUGUGCUGGUCACUGGAGCUUCUGCAGAACAUGCGGCCCAGCUAGCCAAGAGACACUGCAUCCCCAUUGGACUCCAUGCCAACUUAUCUGAAGGUGCUCCAGUGUGUCAGGAGCUGAGGAGAUCCACACUCCUGAACAAAGAUGGCUUCUUUCAUGGCAAGAUGGGCUUCCGUGAAGUUCUGCGGAGUGGAAAAAUGAGCAUGACGGAUGUGGAGGUGGAGCUUAGGGCCCAGGUGAAGCAUUUUUGUGAGCUCACUGGUCACCUGCCCAAUCACAUGGAUGGCCAUCAGCAUGUGCACGUGCUGCCAGAGGUGCGAGAAGUGUUUGCGCGGGUUCUCUCCGAUUUUGGCAUCCCUUACACACGGGUCCCAGUGGAGCCCGGACUGCACUCCUGUCAUUUUCUACCUCCAAACCUGAGAGAAUUCUACCUACACGUUGAGAAAGACGCGCUCCAGUCUAUGGAAGUCUUCCAUCGACAUGGUAUCAGAUGGCCAGAUGUAUACUUGGGCCUCAGCACGAUGGGCCAAAACAUGUCCUUCUCCAACCUCAGACGAGUCCUGAACUUUGCUCUGGAGGCACGGACAUCUAUAGCCGAUCAGGCUGACGGCCUUUGUGCACCCGGAUCGUAUCGGCCAAUCACAGCAGAGUUGAUGGUACAUCCUGGAUACCCGAGUUUUCCUAUGCAGGGUGGGUGUGGUGAAGGACCAGAUGACUUCUCUCAGUCGGCUGAUCGUCUCCAUGAGCUUAACAUGCUCAGAGACCCGGUGCUGCUUAGUUACUAUCAGCAACAGGGAAUCCUGCUCUGUGCUUUUAAUGACUUUUAAAUAUCACGGGCUGCUGAACUGGGUCCUCAAGUGCUGCAUGUCUCAGUAGGAUUUCUAACAGAUAUCACCUGACUUCACUAAUAACCUGUUCUUCCAGACCUCAUGGGAUAAAUUAAUUAUCCAGUCAGGUGACAGGCAGCUGUGGGAUUGUUUUUCAGAUCACUAGGAUGACCGAGGUCUUACCAGGCUUUAAACAGAUCCAGGAUCAUCAAACCGUACACUUUACACUGUGACAGAGACUAGAGUCAUGAUUUCAUUAAAUGUUAGUAUCGUGUUUUAGGUAUUUGCCUUAUUUGAAGAACGAGUGCAAAACACUUCAAAAUGUGGGCUGCUUUCUCAAAUCUUACAGCUAACUGGAAAAUACUGUAUUUUGUUUUAACAAAAGAAGACAUUUCAGAAUGUCUGAACUGUGCAAUUUAGGGUUGCAUAUGAAGUUUGACUGAGCAUAUGACAGUGAUGUAUAUCUUUGAAAAUUAUAUAUCUAUAUGUAAAAUAUAUUUUUUUUACAUCUAUUGUAACAAUUGUGUAUUUUCUAUGGCGUUACAUAAAUU